AUGUUUUUCCAGAAGGGGGAGCGCCGCGGCCAGGCCCUGGGGCAGGCGGAGGACAUGUGUAGGCUGCGCUGUCUCGCUGCGGUUCUCCUGCUCCGCGCGCCUCUUCCCCAGAGAGCCCACGCCAGAGUCGUGGCUUCCCGCUGGACCGAGGGCAUUCAGACCGCCUCACAGAUGAAAAAUUGGUGUGACUGUUUCAUUCUAAGUAAUAUAAAUGUUUUUGAAUUUUGAAAUCUGAAUUUAACUCACCUUUCCAACUUAAGUGAUGAGCUUUUGUUGAAAAAUACAGCAUUUUACUAUGAAGAAGAAAAUGUUCAAGGCCUCCGUUUGAAUUUGGGAAAUGUCAUUAUGAAGGAUUAUGAACAUCUCCGGGAUACCGUAUCAAAGUUGGUCUGAAAGUUUGAUGUUGGAAAGCCAUUUCCUCUGAGAACAACAAAACUUCCUUUUCUUAGAAAGGCUCCAUCACUGAUCAAAGAUACCUUCAAGGAUAAGAUGCCUAAUUUGGGUUUUAUUCCAGUGUCAUGCCAGGUGGUUGAUAAGUUUGUUGGAGACAUUUUGAAAGAUUUGCCUUUCCUGGUGAGUGAUGACCCUGCUGUAGCUUUGCUGGUCAGACAGAAGGAAUUUGAUGAACUUGUGCACUGGCAUCGCAGACCCCUCAGUGACGACUACGACAGGACAAAGUGUCAGUUCAAUGAUGUCCAGGGAGAUGACCCCAAGGCCCUUGUGAACCAAGUGGCAGCCACGGUUCAGAACCGUUUUAACAAAAAUCUGCCCAGUGGAGAAGCUCUGUGUGGGGUGUUCACAAGGGACUAUCGACACGACGCCCUCAACUCUCAGGUACUUGUCACCGUGCCUGCCUGCUUUGAAAUCCUGCUGCUGGCUCCUCAUCGCCAGGCGUGGGUGAAGAGGAUCAGAUACGUGAUAUUUGAUGAGGUCCACUGUCUUGCUGGAGAGAUCAGAGCGGAAGUCUGGGAGCAUCUUCUGGUCAUGAUCCGCUGUCCCUUCCUGGCUCUGUCGGCCUCCAUAAGCAACCCCCAGCAUCUCACCGAGUGGCCACAGUCAGUAAAACGGUGCUGGAGACAAGCAGACAGUACGAUGGCAAAGAAUGCUGCCUCUCAGAGACCCGCUGGUCCCCGCACCGGUGUGCACAGAGACUACGCACUACCGAAGCAGUCUUACAAAGUGAGACUUGUGCUCUACAGGGAGAGGUACAAUGAUUUGGAGAAGCACGUAUGUUCAGUUAGGGAUGGUGGGAUUCAUUUCGACCAUUUUCACCUGUGUGCUGUGCUGACCACGGACCACGUGCAAAGGGUGGGGGUGUGUCCUGAAAUCUCUCUGUCUCUGGUUUUAUUUAGUCUCUGGGAAGGCCAGCAGUUCUGUGGUCAUUAAUCGUGUCUAUUAACUGUAGAUUGAGAG